AUGGAUGAUAGAGGAGGAGGAGGAUCGUUUGUUGCCGUGCGGCGUAUUUCCCAGGGGCUCGAUCGAGGAAGCGCAUGCCAUUCCACUUCUGUGGAGGUUGUGGCAGGGUCUGCUGCAUGGCUAGGCAGAGGCAUUUCAUGUGUUUGUGUUCAAGGAAGAGACUGUGAUGCCCGUCCAUCAUUUGAUUUGACACCAGCACAGGAGGAAUGCUUGCAUAGGCUACAGAAGCGGAUAGAUGUUAACUAUGAUAGUUCUGUUCCAAAACAUCAGGAAGCUUUGAGGGCUUUGUGGCGUGCUGCCUUUCCUGGAGAGGAACUCCAUGGACUAAUAUCAGAGCAGUGGAAGGAAAUGGGUUGGCAGGGAAAAGAUCCAUCGACAGAUUUUAGGGGUGGUGGUUUCAUAUCGUUGGAAAAUUUGUUAUACCUUGCAAGAAACUUUCCAAAAUCCUUCCAAGAUCUCCUUCGGAAAAAGGAAGGUGAUCGUGCAUUGUGGGAAUAUCCCUUUGCUGUAGCUGGUGUCAACAUCACAUUCAUGCUUAUACAGAUGCUUGACCUUGAAGCAGUGAAGCCUAGAACACUUGUGGGAGCCGCCUUCUUGAAGUUCCUCACAGAAAAUGAAUCGGCAUUUGACCUUCUGUACUGUAUCACAUUCAAGCUAAUGGACCACCAAUGGCUCUCCAUGCACGCCUCUUACAUGGAUUUCAAUACUGUGAUGAAAGCCACUCGACGUCAGCUGGAGAGGGAGCUCCUGCAAGAAGAUGUUGCAAGUCUUGAAGAUUUGCCCUCCUUUACCCUUCUCAGUUGCUAA